AAGUUUUUUCAAGUCGCGAGCCAUUUAUUUUUCUAAUUGCCAGUGUUUUUGUGUGGCUGUGUCAAAGUUCUACGCCUCUUCGUUGGUGGAAAGAAGGAAGGAAAAGUAAUCUUUGUGUGUUUAGAUUAGUAAAAAGUUCUGAAUUCAUGUGAUUUUGGCUCGGCUCGGCUUAUCAGAGGCAAGCUCCACGAAGAAGGACACGUCCCGUUUGCCAGCAAAAACAUCAGCAGAUUGAAAGGUCGUAAAAGUGCUGGGAGGGUGAUAAUGACAGCUUCUGGUGGCAGAAGCAGCUAGUAUCGUAGAUUUCGGAGUAGUGCUGUAGGGUGUGUGUGUGUGUGGUUUGAGUGUGCCUGACCUUCGGACAUAGUGUAUGGUACUUCCGGUGCGAGGCAGCAUCAACCGGAGCCAGCAGCAAAGUUCCGAUGACCUCAGACGAACCGCUAGUCAAUUUGGAUUUCGAAGAAACCACUACGGAACCAAACUUUCCACAACCACCACCACCAGCGGCAGCAGCAGCCAUAACAAAGGCUAGCACGGCAGCUGCAUUGUCCCAGGGAACCACGUCGAAAAAGUCCGGCGCAGGAAACGGGGUUCCCCCGAACCAUACGGUUGGCCAGGCCCGACAUAAUGAGAUAAGCGUCGAUUUGUCGUCGGACUACGAGAAGCAGCGCAGUGUCAACUCUUUGUUGACGACCAUCACGGACGAGCAGCAGGGAAACUUCAUCUCCGUCAUUCCGGAAGUGCACUUUGAGGGCAUCACGCUGGAUUCCGGAAUCGAUCGGGAAUCGCAGCCGCUGCUGGGCGGCCGGGAGCAUGAGAUUACCUACAACCAGUUUCCAGAUGAUCCCCACUUCAGCGACCUGGUCUACUCGGCCGAAAUCGCCAUCGAUGCCGGCAUCUACCCGGAACGGAUCUACCAGGGCAGCAGUGGAUCGUACUUUGUCAAAAACCCCGCCAAUAAAGUGGUAGCAGUCUUCAAACCGAAGGACGAAGAACCUUACGGUCGACUCAACCCGAAAUGGACCAAAUGGAUGCACAAGUUGUGCUGUCCGUGCUGUUUCGGGCGGGCAUGUCUCAUCCCAAAUCAAGGCUACAUUUCGGAAGCCGGAGCUAGCCUGGUAGACCAGAAGCUAAACCUCAACAUCGUACCAAAAACACACGUCGUUCGGCUCGUGUCCGAGACGUUCAACUAUCCGCGGAUCGACCGGCAAAAAGCACGUAUAAAGAGAACCAUCAAGGAACGAAUACCGGCGGCCCGGUUCAACCGGAUGAGUCUGCCACCCAAGACCGGUUCCUUCCAGCUGUUUGUCGACGGCUACAAGGACGCCGACUACUGGUUGCGACGAUUCGAGCAGGAACCGCUGCCGACGCGACUCCAGCAAAAGUUCCAGCUCCAGUUCGAGCGCCUAGUUGUGCUGGAUUACAUCAUCCGGAACACCGACCGCGGCAACGACAACUGGCUCAUCAAGUACGAACAACCAACGAUAGUGCCCCAAAGCAACGGAAGCACCCCAAGCGGAAUGCCCCGGAGUAACAGCCGCCUCGAAAUGGCCGAAAACACCGACUGGAACCUGGUGCAGCUGCCCGAGAUCAAAAUCGCCGCAAUCGACAACGGACUGGCCUUCCCGUUCAAGCAUCCGGACUCGUGGCGCGCCUAUCCGUACCACUGGGCAUGGCUCCCGCAAGCCAAGAACCCGUUCAGCCAGGACAUCAAGGACCUCAUACUGCCCUCGCUGUCCGAUCAGAACUUUGUCGAGGAAAUGUGCAACGAACUGUACGAGCUGUUCAAGCAGGACAAGGGCUUCGACCGGGGUCUCUUCGAGCGGCAAAUGUCUGUGAUGCGCGGCCAGAUACUGAAUCUGACCCAGGCCCUCAAGGACGGCAAGAGUCCGGUGCAGCUGGUGCAGAUGCCGGCCGUGAUCGUCGAACGGUCGAAGGUGAACCCAGGCUCGGCUCGAUUUUUCUCAUUCCAACAGCGCUUCCAAAACAAGAGUCCCUUCUUCUCCUGGUCCAGGGUGUACCGGAAUCACUCAUCCGUGGAACCGACGAGGGGAAACGAACGCGAGGGUGGACCGAAAAGCAGCACCCUAUCGUGGAUGUGUUUCAACAUCUGCCUUGAAGAACCUGCCUGUGCCGCCGACGUGUCAGAGGUACCGUGUGGAGGAGUGUGCGACGACGAUGGCGUUCCGUGUGACUUUGUAGUGCCGGAAUCCGGCUGCUGCAACCCGUGUGUGCCGUCAGCCUCGGAACCGGCCAUGGCCGAAUGCUGCGGCGGAAGUCCGGCCUCGGCCACCGUGCCAAGGCAGCGCUCCCAGGGCUUCAUUCAGCAGCAGUGCCACAACUGCUCCUGCGGACGUCCCGACUGCGUUCCGACGAAGAAGGUGCGGUACGUGCAACCGGCCCGGCGUCAGACCUGCAAGCCGGUUUCGUGCUACAAAGCACCGGAAGUGGAAUUUCAAGGCGACUCGGUCUACAAGACGUCCUACCCCGGGGAUGGGGCCACGAACGCGCGCCCACUGCCCAUUUCGCCGCGGAACAACCUGUCGAUGGCGCCGGGCAACUUGGAAAAGAACACCGUCACCUCGCUCUCGUACCCCUGCUACCACACCGUCGAGCGGCAGAAGCCCAUCCUGCCGACCACGAACCAGAUCAUCAUUUCGGCCGGUCCGAUCCAGGAAGUUACCACGUCACGGCACGACUACGUGCCCAAAACCACCCCGAAGCGGUACAAGAUCGUGCCCGAGGGCCACAUCCGAAGCGUGAGCGCCCCGUUCGAAAAGCAAACCGUCAACAAGCUGUCGUACGAUUGCCCCAACAUGACGCACUUUACGCCGGCGCGGUCCUGCAAGCCGAUCCGGGAGUACGCGCGGCCGGGAAUUCCUAUGGACUCGGACACGACACAGAAGCUCAGCUAUCCCGGGGUGUGUCCCGGGCCGAAGGAGGAUUACCCGUGGGCACGUCGAGCGGCCUAUCAACCGCCGGCGGUUUCAAUGGAGAAUGACACGACCUACAAGAAGAGCUUCAUGAGCAACCAGUGUGCGAUGGAGCGGGUGAAGAUGGUGCCGCCGUUCAAUAACUUACAUGUACCUGCUGAUUCCGGGUUCGAAUCAAGGACAGUCUACAAGGAAAGUUAUCACAGUGCGUGCGGCGAGCGGCCGCCAGCGAUUCGGCCGGUACAGCAACUGCGAAUACCGGACCAGAAGCUGGAAGAUGACACCGUUUACAAGCUCUCCUUCCCGACGUACUGCAACGCAGAGCGUCCAUCCCCGAUCCUGCCGCGGCCGGCCCCCCUCAUUGGCGACGGUCCGAUCCAGGAGGUGACCACGACGCGGCACGACUUUGUGUGCAAGAGCGGCACCAAGCGGCAACCGAUCGUGCCGCAGAACCUGCUGCACCUGCCCGGCGGCCGGCUGGAAAGCGACACCGUCAACCGGCUGUCCUAUCCGGCCAACAAGGAGAACAUCGUGCCGACCAAGUCCUGCAAGCCGAUCCUGUCGUACAAGCGACCUGAGCAACCGAUGGAAAGCGACACGACGCAGAAGCUGAGCUUCAUGCCGGUCUGUCCGGCUCCGAAGGAGAAGUACCCGUGGGCGCAGCGGGCACGUUACCAGCCGCCGGUACAGCCCAUGGAGACGGACACGACGGCUAUGCUGAGCUAUCCGCCGCCCGGUGAGUUUGUGGAGGAUUGCUGCGGCGCCGGCGGAGAACCGUGCUGCCAGUCGUGCGAUCCGGCCAUCGUCAAUUGCUGCGGGAACCUGAUGCCGGACGGCCGGUGCUACCCGAGGGCGGCCAUCGUCAACUAGCAGCACUGUUGAAGUAGUCAUUAGCUGGUAGGAGCAACGGAGGACAGGAGACGCGCCUAGAGUCAUACCACAAACACGCAGAACACACACACAUUGUAGCAACUCGUGCGUGAGUGAUAGAACAAACAACAUUUGUACCGAAACCCCAAAAUCCUCGUGUAGUUGGCGAGGCAGUCCGUGUAUUUAUUGAAUCUUUGUACGUAGUGUAUAUUUUACGGUUAAUGGUUAGCGAAAUUAUAGAUCCCGUAAACAAAAAAGAAAGAUGCCUUACUAUGUGUUCCCAGAAUAUCGAGCAAACGCGCACCACUUUUGAUUGUGAAAGAACUGCCAACAUUGACCUAUAACGCUCGCGUGCGCCGUUUGGCAAUAAUUAUCGAUUUUGAUUU